AUGGCCACUCGUCGCACGGCCAUCCCCCGCACUCGUACACAGAGCACGAACCUACCUCCCUCAAGCCGUCCUCGGUCUGCCUUGGCUAAACCCCACCAACGCUCUGGCCUCUCAACACCCGUGGAAGAGCAUGCUUCUCAACCCUCUCCUCUACCAACAACCCUUCCCCACAAAUCUCAAGAAGAUGUUGAAACAAACAUACAGGUCGUCAUCCGCUGCCGACGUCGCUCAGACCGCGAAAUUCAGGAGAAUUCCCCCAUCAUCGUCAGCUCCAAGGGCGCCCGCAGUGAGGCGAUCACCAUCGAGACUGCUAUCCCCAUCUCCAGUCUCGGUAUCGUAACAUUUCCUCCGACACGGACAUACCCGUUCGACGCUGUCUUUGGUCCAGAGGCAGACCAAGCGAUGGUCUAUCAAGAGGUUGUCAGCCCUAUGCUGGAUGAAGUUUUGAGAGGCUAUAAUUGUACCCUUUUUGCAUAUGGGCAAACAGGUACGGGUAAAACGCACACUAUGCAAGGAGACUUGACCACUACGCCGAUGGGCAAUCCUUCGGCUCAGGCGGGCAUGAUCCCUCGUGUUCUCUCUAAACUUUUCCAGCAGCUGGAUACUAUUAGCCCUGACUGGAGCGUCAAAAUCUCAUAUGUCGAGCUAUAUAAUGAGGAGUUGCGCGAUCUUCUGGCACCUGAGAUGUCUGCACCUGCAGGGACCAUUCAACCCAUGGGCAUGGGAUCAGGGAGCUCUCGAGAUAAUAACCAAAACGGCCUGAAAAUCUUUGAUGACGCGACGAAGAAAGGCGUAUUCAUUCAAGGGCUAGAGGAAAUGGUUGUCAAGGGUGCUUCCGACGCGCUCGCCCUUCUUGUCAAAGGCAGUCACCGCAGGCAGAUGGCUGCCACCAAAUUCAACGACCAUUCCAGUCGAUCGCACUCCGUCUUCUCAAUCACAGUGCACCUGAAGGAGACCUCGUCUCUAGGCGAAGACUUACUUCGUGUUGGCAAGAUGAACUUAGUUGAUCUAGCCGGCUCCGAGAACAUUGCACGAUCAGGCGCAGAGAAUAAAAGAGCUCGUGAGGCCGGGAUGAUCAACCAGAGCUUGUUGACUCUGGGACGUGUUAUCAAUGCUCUCGUCGAACGUUCUUCGCACAUUCCGUACCGCGAAUCUAAAUUGACUCGACUCCUUCAAGAUUCUCUUGGAGGUCGUACGAAGACAUGCAUUAUUGCCACAAUCUCUCCUGCACGCUCUAAUAUGGAGGAGACAUUGUCAACUCUAGAAUAUGCGAUUCGAGCUAAAUCCAUUCGUAAUCGGCCAGAGGUCAACCAACGGAUGACGCGGAACUCGUUGCUCAAAGAAUAUGUUGCAGAAAUCGAACAACUCAAAGCCGACGUGCUCGCCGCCCGCGAGAAAAACGGUAUCUUCUUCUCAGAAGACACGUGGAAUCAAAUGAGCAUAGAGCACGAGCUCACGAAGACAGAGAUGGAAGAGGCUAAACGGCAAAUAGAGAUCGUGGAAGGCCAUUUGAAGGGUGUGAGAGAGGAGUAUGAGGAGAGUAUGAAGCUGUUGAUGGCGAGGGAGGGGGAAUUGAAGGAAACGAGAGAGAGACUGGAUGAAACGGAGGGUGUUUUGAAAGUCAAGAAGGAGGAGUUGAAGAUGACUCGAAACGCGUUGGCGGAAGAGGUUGUGGUGCGGAAGGCGUAUCAGGAGAACGAGGUCGGCCUAGAUGAGGUAGCUCAAGGACUAAAAGUGGUGGCCGAAGAGGGAGUGAACGACAUUAAUGCUCUCUUAGCCAAACUAUCCCGCAAGGCGGCUGUGUUUGAUUCAAACACGAAGGCUGUUUUCUCCCAUAGCAAAACGCUAUCUGCUGAGAUGCAGAACUUCUCCUCUGUACUGGAGAAGUUUGUUCAUUCUGCCUCUCAAAGUGCGGCCACCCUGCGUUCCGAUGCAGAACAACAUAAGACCAAGGAACUCGAAGCACUGACCAAUUAUUCCGAUCGCAUUGGCGAGCAAAUUCGGCGAGUGAACGAGACUCUACAGGUCAUCCAGGCUAAAGAUGAGGCUUCUUCUGAGGCAGUCAGCGUCAUUGAAUCUGCAAUCAACGAGGUCCAUCAGACUAUCAAGACGGGAUUUGCCUCGUGGUCUGAAACGUUCAGAGUAUCGACUUUUUCGAUGUGCACACAGAUAGAGAAAGCCAGUCUGAACGGUUCUCAAAUGGUAGACAAGGCACUUAAAUCCAUGGGUAGCCUCAUCGAAACCAUAGUCCGUGAAGCCCAAGAGCACGUCGAGAUCGAGCGCAAGUCUGUCCUCGACACAAAGGUCCUCGCUGAUUCCGCGGCUAAUGAUGAGAUUGCUCGCUUGCAAGAGCAGAAUGCGCACCUCGCCGAUCUGCUGGAGAACGAACGAGUCAAGUCUGAGCGGGCUAGGGACGAUCUCAUCCAGCGCAUCUCGGGUCUUCUCGGAGAUUUCGUGGUAGACAGAGACCGUAGCCUGCGUGAAGCCUUCACAGACAUCACAGAGAGCAACGUGAAGGCCGAAGGCGCUAUGGCAAACUUUAUCGGGGAGCAUGUCAACAGGGUCGAAGGCGUGGUAGUCAGAGGCCUGGAGUGGAGCGCCGGAUUGGAAAAGAAGGGGGGAGAGGGCAAACGCUUGCGGGACGGCGCAUUGAAGUCCCUUGGUGGUGUCAAUAGCACUGUCAAAGAAGGAUUCGCCAAGGUUCAGGAUACGUGCACGACGUCUCUUUCAUCAUACUCAGCAGACAUACAGCAGCAGACUAACGCCUUGCACGCUACGACCACAAACGCUCUCGAACGCCAUGCGCGCGCCAAGAGAGCACGUAUCGAGGCUACGAACACGAUGAGUGUCGAUGUUCAAUCAGGAUCUCGUCAGUCGCAGCGGGUUCUUGCGUCAACUUCGAGGAACAUCGAAUCUCACGCUUCGCGGGUGAUUGCUGAGAGCUCAAAGCUUUCAGAGUCUGUUGAUUUGUAUAGCGAUGCAACUGCAGAGCGCCUGUCUCGUACAAGCCAAUUGGCCCAUACUCUGGUUGAGCAAGGCGCUCGCGAUGAUCCGCCAACUGGCAGUACGCCCCGAAAGCGCUCUCGAACAUACGUGGAACAUUGGGAGCUGACGAAGAGUAGAGAGUUGAUAUUGAAGGGCUGGAGACACGCUCCCAGCUCUGUCCUGAAUGGCGACACGUCCGUAGCGGAGAUUGUCCCGCUUCCUCCACCCGAAGACGAGGAAAAUCUAGAUCCAGCACAGGUCGAACUGGAUUCCCCGAUAUUUGAACCUGACAGGGAUCCUGACUUGGCGAUCUCCCAAUCUUCAACGCUCACCGCUUUCACAUCUUCCACAUCCUCAGGAACAUCAAUACUCCCCACUUUCGAGAAACCUCCCUUGAAAAGUAAGGUGACCUCAACACAGUCAGUUUUGCCUGUGAUGAGGACCCUGUCGGAGCGCUCGACUAAUUUGAUUACCAAUAGAACGAGGAGAGCGCGUUAAUAUCGACUCGAUGUGGAUCGUGGACAGGACUUCCUUUUGUCUUAUAUAUUUCUUGGUGUAUAAGCAGCUGUACAUUAUAUCCAGCCCACUUGCUCGAUUGCUUGGCGGGUGUAGUUUGUUUAAUUUCCAAUGACUUUCCCUGCC